CGCGAGGUCAGCGGCUCUUGCGGUGGAGAGCCGGUUUUUCGUUUGAAAAGUUGUUCGUCGCUUGUUUUUGGUUGCGGCGCGGUGGCGCGCAACAAGUGUGCCCGACAUGGACGACAAGAGCGAGCCGCGCGAGAACGACAAGUGCAUGGACCAGCAGGGCGAGUCCACCACCGGAGGAAUGUCCAAGCUCCGCGCCCAGGUCACCUCUGCCGUGGCCAACAUCCCGUCGCUGGUGAUUGUGCUGCUGUGCGUGCUGCUGCUCGUCUUCUUCGUCAUCAUCGUCGCCCUGUCGGUCAAGGUGCACUCGGGCUCGACGGCGCCCAACGAUCUCUGCCUGUCGGCGGCCUGCCUCGGCUCGGCGGCUCGCGUGCUCGCCGGUCUACGGGAGGACGUCGCGCCCUGCCAGGACCUGUACGCGCUGUCGUGCCGUCCCGGCGUACCUCGUCGCCAGCACGCGGUUCGGCACCUGGUGGAUCUGGUGCCCUUCGACGGCGACCAGGCGUCGGCCGAGCUGAAGGCGAAGCGCUUCUACGAGACGUGCAUGGAGCCGCGUAGCCUGAGCCAGGACGCCCUGGCCUUGCUCAACUACCGGCUGCGACAGGUCGGCGGUUGGGAGCUGGUCGCCAGCUCGUCGUGGUCCCUGCAGAGCUGGGACCGCGACACUGCCCUCGAGAAGCUGCACGUCGACCUCGGAGUGAGCCCAUUCUUCGCCGUCGGAGUGGCCGACCGAACGAUUCGGCUUGAGCCUUCAGGCUUCACGUUCCCAUCGUACGAGUACUAUGCCGAUGGCAAGCCCGACAGUUUCGCCGGAAAGGUGCUGGGCCACUACCGGGAGCUGAUUGAGCAUGUUUCUGGCCACCUGCGAGAUGGACCACCGACCCUGGCCAACUCGGUGUUGGCCGACACCAUCAUCAACUACGAGCGACGACUGCUCGAGCGACUACGUCCUCGGGAGAAUGUGACCGAGGCUGACAGCCUGCGCACUACCGUGGCACAGCUCACACGCCUGGUUCCCAUUGUCAAAUGGGAGCAGCUUCUGAGUGCCUACUUCUCCGGCCACUCCAUUGGCCCGGACACGCCCGUGCUGAUAGUGCAGCCACACUACUUCAAUGGCCUCAGCCAGAUCAUCUCGACCACCGAUACCACCACGCUGAACCACUACAUGAUGUGGCGCUUGGUGAUGAAGUACGCACCACACCUGGACAAGACCGUGCGGUCCGAGUACUUCCGUUUUCAACGGCGCAUUUUUUGCAGUGAAGGAUACCCGGACGAGAUUGUGAAUGACCAUAGUCCUCAGUUUACGGCCUGUGAGUUUGACAGUUUCCUCAAGGAACGUGGCAUUGACAAUACGUAUUCGGCAGUCUACCACCCGCAAGCUAACGGCCAGGUGGAAAGGUUUAAUUGUGUACUCAAGGAGUAUGUUCAGGUCACUACACGUGAAUCGUGCACUAAACGAUUGGUGGAUGCAGGGGAUGAGGAGCCGGAGGAAGAGUGGUGGGAGCAGUGCACUCGGCACACCAGCCACUACCUGCGCCAUGCUGUGGGCUACCUGUAUGCCAACAGGGCAGCUGGCAACCGUGUGCAGGACACCAUCCAACAGGCUGAGGCGCUUGCUCAACGGGUGAAGACGUCGGCCAUUGAAAGUGUUGGUGAAGUUGCAUGGCUGCCUGAAAAAGGUCCACUUCGAGAAAAGCUGACGAGCCUGGAUUUCCGGGUGGGCUAUGCUUUCAAGGACAAGCCAAGACAGCUGGACCAGUUCUAUUUAGACCUUGUUGUCAAGCUUGGCUCACACCUGGAGAACGUGUUUGAGGCUGAGCGUUUCCUGGGACGCAAGAAGGCCCUGAUGCUCAACAACCGAGCACUCCUGAGAGAAGAGACUGCUGAGGAUGAAGCAUGGACCAUCUCGGCAGUCGACACCCAGCCAACGUACAACCGAGAGCUGAAUACAGUUGUGGUGCCCUUGGCAGCAUUACGCCCUCCCAUAUUCUCCCUGGACGACCACCCGGCAUUGCAGUAUGGGUCCUUUGGGAGCCUGAUGGGCCGCCUGGUGUUCGAGUUUCUCCGUCAGGAAGGUGGCAACCUGUUCCACAACAAUGCGACACGCACCAGCCUGCAGGAGAAGUUGCACUGCUUGGCCAAGAGGUAUCCUGCCCUGAACAGCACACUUCCGGUCAAUGGGCCCCUGGUUGCUCCCGAGGCACUAGCUGACCUUGCUGGUGUUACAGCUGCCUUCAGGGCAUUUGAAUCUGACUCUCAUGGCAAAGAAAAGCUUCCAGGAAUGGAGUGGACAGCGCAACAGCUAUUUUUCAUUGGCUAUGCACAGUCCAUGUGUGAAGAGGUAUCUUUAAGGAGAUUACAAAUCUGGAGCCUCGUCAGCACAUCUGCACCUAAAAAGCUCAGGGUUCUCCAGGCACUGCAGCAGUCUCCCGAAUUCGGUCGAACAUUUGACUGCAACGCUGAAGAGUGGCAGUCCCACAUCUGUCAUGCGUGGUGACCUGUUUACACCUAAGCAGCAAUGCAUAAACAAUUGUGGCAGCUGUAGCAGCAGCGAGCCAGCGGUACCAACACUUCCACGAGCAGCCGGUUUGCAUAGGGCGUGGUCGCUUCAUGCAGUGUGCCUUUGGUGCAGUUCUGACGUGCUGGUGUCUAGGAAAGCGAGACAAUGCGCACAAUGGGAGUCAUCUCACGCAAUGCAGACAAGUUGCUUUGUGCAUGUGCAACUUGGCAAGCUGUUUUUGAGCACAUGGCGUGCUCAGCCGCACUGCUGGAAGACAGUGCAGAUCACAGAUGGACUGGCUGUGUGUGUGAACUUUAUUUAGAAUGGGCUGAGGUGGUGUGCAUGUAUGUGUAUGCGUGUUUGUAGGCAUCUGACCUGUUAGCAUUUGAAAUGUUUUUGUACAAAACUCCAUUACAAGUUUUGGCCUCAUGUUUUCAUUCAGGACCACGAGAGAAUAAA